GAGACUAUGCGGGUGCCGGAGGCCAGACCAUGCUCUUUCUCCGCUCGCGCACCGGUACAGAUGCAGAAUUGCCCAUCUCCUCCCUCACCAUACACUACAUGGUACGAGCGUCUAUCACCAUCCUUCCUGGCCACGGCGCCGAAUAUACCCUUUACUGCAUCCCAACACCCGACGGCGAAAAACCCGUGUAUGUGGUUCCUGGCCCCCUCACCAGGGUGACGAUCUGGAACUUGGAGGAGGAGAGGGAUCCGGCGGGAGUAGUAUUGCAGUGGUCGGUGACAGUGAACGGGGCCCCGCCAGAAAGAUGUAUGUAUGCGAAUGAUACUCUAAACAUUGAAGGUUUCGAAGCGGAUCUGAAUGGUAUGGUCACGAUCACGCUUACUGCAAAUUAAAGAUGUCGUACGGUAUUAUUCUGGGAUGUUGAGUAGUCUUACAUUGUAGAUUGUGUAUCGUAUUCUGUAUUCACUAGGUCGUUUCAGAGCUCUUAGAUGUCAGC